AUUCAUUUAUUCACACACGCUUCGCAAGUCCGGCUUCGUGCAACCGUGACGUCGGCAUCGUGGCAGUGGCAUUGGUACGUACCGGUGGCGUGAGUGUUCCUAUCGCCUUGCAACUGUGACGGGCUAUAAAGCCGUUACCCAGUUAGUUGGUUGAUCCUUGGACAAGGCCGGCCGAGAAGGAUCUGUUAUUUCAAGCCGCUGAGGUGAAAACGUGGAUAACUAAUUGGGGGUUUUGGAAUGGCGAGUUGUGUAUGGACGCCGCGUAUGCGGGCUACCUAUUCUUCUGUAUGCUUGGACUGCCGCCCCACCUCACGGAGGCGGAGGACAGGCGUCAAUUUCAGUGGCCCCUCAGUUGUCAGAUGUCGCAAAUCUGACUCGCUGUUUAUGUGCACCAGAAGAAUCUAUUGCAGCACCGCUAAUGACAACGAAGCUAGGAGCAGUGACAAACAAACUGGAAUUCAGCUUUACAGAGAUAUUGAGAGAUUGCUUACGGAGACAGUUAAGCAAUCUCAAGGUGAUUGGCGAACUUCAAGCAACUGGAGCGAACUUGAGGGUGCAUGGGUGUUGAGACCAAGAAAUUCAAAACCAGUGUCCAUUGUACAUUUCAUUGGUGGUAUAUUCGUUGGGGCUGCCCCUCAGCUUACCUACCGCUUGUUUUUGGAGAGCCUUGCAGAAGAAGGUAUAUUGGUUAUCGCUACCCCUUAUGCUAGUGGGUUUGAUCACUUUCUUAUCGCAGAUGAAGUGCAGUUUAAAUUUGAUAGAUGUCGUCGAUUGCUUCAGGAACCGGAACAAGAUCUUCCUUGUUUUGGCAUCGGGCAUUCUCUGGGAUCUGUCAUUCACCUAUUGAUCGGCUCAAGGUAUGCCGUGCAAAGAAAUGGGAAUGUAUUGAUGGCAUUCAACAAUAAGGAAGCAAGUAUAGCCAUUCCCUUGUUCUCACCUGUUCUCGUACCAAUGGCUCAAAGCAUUGGACCAAUUUUGUCACAAGUUGCAUCAUCUCCAACAAUUCGUCUUGGGGCAGAGAUGACUCUGAAGCAAUUAGAGAACCUUAGCCCUCCAAUUAUGAAGCAGGUUCUUCCUCUGGUUGAGCAACUUCCUCCAUUAUAUAAGGAGUUGGUUAACGGGAGGGAGAAUUUUACCCCAAUACCAGAACAGACUAAAAGACUGAUAAGGUCUUAUUAUGGGAUUUCAAGGAAUCUUUUAAUAAAGUUCAAAGACGAUACGAUUGAUGAAACAUCAGUACUAGCCCAGAUACUUAGCUCAGAAUCUGCUAUCAGUUCAAUGCUUGAUAUGUCCAUACGCUCAUUACCUGGGGAUCAUGGGCUUCCGCUCCAGCAGGCUCUGCCAGAUGUUCCCCCAGCAAUGGCAGAUGCGGUGAAUCGGGGUGGAGAGUUUUUGGCAUCUUUAACUGCGGGGACACCAUGGGAGACAGUUGCCAAAGAAGUAAGCAAUUCUCUUGGCAGGGACGCGAGACUUGUUCGUCCAGAAAUGUCCAAGGACAUGGACCUCCUUGUCAAUGUAAUAACUUCCUGGAUGAAGGGAAACACAAGUACAAGACUUUUAAGGCCCUGAUCAAUCAAUGACCAUGCUAACGCUUUCAGCCUGCUGGAGUUACAGGUGGAGGAAAGGAAAAGACUUCAGACCUUCUUGCCCCCAAUGUUGAUAUUUAACACUACUAUAAUAUACAGAAUUAAAACUUCGAAAGCUUGGGCUAUAACCCUCCUUGUCAGUGUAAUAACUUGGUUGAUGAAAGCAAAUACAAGUACCAGACUGCUAAGGCCCUUAUCAAUACACGUCUAACUCUUAAGGGAUUUCUCCUAGUGGCGUUGCAGAUGUAGGAAAGUAAGGACUGAGACCGCUCUCAAGUGUACGGAAAGCUGCAACCAUAAUAGGAGAUAAAUUUGAAUCUGCCAAGUGUUCCCUUGUACAUCUAUUUUGGCAUUACUAGUUUUAUUUUGGCAUCUAUUUGUUAGUACCUCGUUAUUUGUUCC